AUGACAUCGCUGAAGUUUGCAUUAUAUCUGGCUUGUCUUUGCUUGUGGAGAACAGCCCUGACAAAUGAUACUGAAUUGUCCAAGUCUGUUCAUCAAGAGAGUGGACUUUUAUCACAAAAAGUGGGAGACAAUGUGACAUUACGGUGUUUCUAUAAGGCGGACAUUGCAGCAUACUUUUUCUGGUAUAAGCAGACUCUGGGACAGAAACCACAGCUCAUCUCUACCUUCUAUAAACAUGACAAACAGGGCACUUUUACUGAUGAAUUAAAAAACAAUCCACGCUUCACACUGGAUAGUGGAAAUGGCAAAAAUCACUUGAAGAUCUCAGAUUUACACAUAUCAGACUCAGGUACAUAUUACUGCGUAGGUUGCUAUGCAUACCAGUUGCAAUUUGGGGAUGGCGUCACUGUCAGUGUGAAGGGUUCAGGUUUGAACGUCCCAGCUUCGGUCCAUCAGUCAGCAUCUGAGAUCGUCCAGCCAGGAGGCUCUGUGACUCUGAACUGUACAGUACACACUGGGACCUGUGAUGGAGAACUCAGUGUUUACUGGUUCAAACAGUCUCAAGAAUCUCAUCCAGGACUCAUUUACACCCAUGGAGGCAAGAAUGAUCAGUGCGAGAGGAAAGACAACACACAUACACACACCUGUGAUUACAACUUGCCGAUGAAGAGUCUGAAUCUUUCUCAUGCUGGGACCUACUACUGUGCUGUAGCUUCGUGUGGAAACAUACUGUUUGGAAACGGGACCAAGCUGGACUUUGAAGAUGAGAAGAAAUCCCCCGACCUCCUUGUGUACUACUUGAGUGGAGCUUUAGCAUUCACCAUGGUCCUGGUUGUUUUACUGGCUCUCUCAGUGUACAAGAUAAAGAAAAGAAACCGCUGCCAGUGUACAGAAUCUCCAAGAGUUUCAGCUUCUAACACAUCAAACAGAGAGGGUGACCAAGAUGCAGACAACCUCCAUUAUGCUGCUUUAAAUGUCAAGCUGCCCAACAGAUCAAAACGCCAGAGGAACAACACCAACAAUGAAUGUGUGUACUCCAGUGUAAAGCAAUAGAUCUUGACAUGUGUCUGUAUUUUUGUGUUAGGUCGACAUUUUUAACAACUCUUAAAGGUGCAAUAAGUAAGAAUUGGCCACAUGUUGAAUUCAUACUCAAAUAACAAAUGAGGGGCAGUGUACCACCAAAGUAACUGCUAACUCCAGCUGCCGUUAUCUAGUUAGCUCAAUUAGCUGUGAAACUAGCGCUCCUAUUAGCUGACUCUGGCUGGACUGGGAGGUCAGAGUACUGAGGGAUUGUUUUUACUUAUGGUCUAUCACCUCUUGAGGUACAGAGUGACUUGGGGUUAGCUGGUUAGCAUGCUUCCCUCAAUAGAUAACUCUGCAAUUCAACACACCGGUGUCGCUGACAUAUGGUCAGAACUGUUAAUUCAUCACAUUUUGUUAAUAAUCCUAGGUAUUUUUAAAAAAA